GUUUGUUAAGUCACCUCUGACCUCAGGUGUAGCUAGCUAGCUAACUACUUUCCAUGGAGCAGGACCUACUUGUGCUGGACCUGUGAGGGAGAGCCAUAGAAUGAAAAUGGGAUGUACCAGCUAUAUAUAUUAACCAAUCAGAAACGAGACGGUUGUACAUUUAAACUAACGUUUGUCAAAGUGAAAGAUACCGAGGAAGUGCGCAGUAGAAGGACAUAAGUGGAAGUUUUGGCUCUGGGAUGUAUCAUUAGUGCGCUGGUUACGGUUAAAUGGCUUAACGCCAUCAUUGCUAUUUAUAACUCUGGAGACUUUUGUCCUUCCUUGACAGUUGAACAUUACUCGGUUUUAAGUCGAGAAGUGACGCUUGAAAUGCAUUUUCUUGGCAUUGCCUUGCUAAUGUUAUGCGACCUAUCAAUGGGUUAUCCUGUACCUAUAGAUACCAUCAUAGUGCAGGUCCAGCAGUGGGGCGUGGUGGGUGCUCAGCAGGUCGAGCAGCAGGUCCUUCUCAAUGGAGUCUCUCUUACUGGCAAAAACCAGGAAGUUGAAAGCAUUAUCCAAACCAUGUCCGCUGAAGCACAACUUCCAACUCUAAUCGGUAUCAACCAGACUUCAGUUCUAAGAAAUCACAUUGUCCUUCGUUCUCGCGAAUGCAUACUGGAGGGGUCUCAGCUGCACUGGACCGACCGAGUGUUCUAUGAUGGGAAGGUCUAUCUGACUCUGAACCACUCUGACACGUGGACAGCCCAUGUACCGGAAGCACUGGCCUUUAAAGUGCUGUGGGACCAGGAAGAGAAGAGGCUAAAGACGGCGAGGACCCCCCUUCAGGAGGGAUGCAUCAAGCUGAUGAGAGAACUGAUGCUUUCUGAGGAGCAGUCAGUUCCAGAAAUUCCUUUGCCUCAGUUUCUGAUCCCAAUCUUGGCGCUCCUGGCGUUUGUAGGAAUAAUCGUAAUCAGCCUCCUUCUCUUCAAAAACCAGGGUUCGCGACACCCUGGAGGUGUUAUUGGCUCGAUCAUACAUUACCCUAAAGACAUGACUGAAACAGCUCCAGACAUAAAAGCCAGUGGUUACCAUACCUUGUAAUUCAAUGCUCCAGCUCAUGAACAGGGUCACGUUGGAGCUUUUUACUACAUUUCUACUGUUGAUUGUCCACUUACUGAUUUAACACUUUGAAUUCCUUCUGUGUAUGAACAGUGUUGCGCCAUGAAUGUAACCAAAACCUUUGUUAAAAUACCAACAGCCCACUGUGUGAAAUGCAUGUGAUCUGGAUUCCAGACCACAUUAUUUUAUGCACUUUAAUACAUGUAUCCCACUUUACACUGAAUUUACACUUUUAUUGCAUAUCAUUUUUGUAUUUGUGCAUAUAUAAAUACUCACAUACACAAAGAAAUGUAAACAUGAUUGCUGUCUUUUAAUAUUUGCUGGACUAAGCUAUUCAGGGACCACUUAUGUAAGAAAUGACAAUGUUCUAUUUCAAGCAAGUAUCUAAUGCAAAUUAAGACAGACUGUCACAGAUUGUCUUGUUGUCUGUAGAAAAGGCCCUGCUUAAAGUCUUUUGUUUUGCCACUGAUAGACCAAUCACACCUGAGCUCUACCAAACACUGGAUGGACUACUCUAAGUGUGUCCAGUUAUCCAAAGGGUCAGAUUGUGUUGGUUGGUUUAGAGAUACCAUCCUUAUGGUUUUAAUAUUUCUUUAUUAUACUGUUACAUUGUUGGGACUUUCUAUUCAUGUAAACUUUAAGAAAUCGUUACAUUAAAGAUUUUAUGGAAUGUU